AUGUUGGUCACGGCCCCGAGGUUUUACAGCGCGAAGAUCUGGCAAGAGGGCAAACGAGGUCCACCGCCCAUCUUCGCCUCCAUUGGGGUGCGGCAUCCCUUCCAGAUCCAAUUGGACAUUGAGACCUUGCCAAGUCUCUUUGACUUGAUCGGGCAGGAAAUCGAGCAUUUCGAUGCAGGCAAUACGGUGAUCGCUGUGGCGCAGAUCCCAAAAGUGUCACAGGCCUGGCAGGAGCUGCAGCGUCGCAUGCACAGCUCGGUGGCCCGUUUGGAGCCGCGAGGAUUGUCCAUGCUGGCCUAUGCAUUGGCACGAAUGAAGGGCUUCGAGGACCCAGUGCUGUUGACGGCGGUGCUCGACCGCUCCGUCACGAAGAUGCCGGACUUUGGGCCGACCGACGCAGCGAAGCUAGCUUGGGUUCUGGCGAAGUUGCAAAUCCGCGAGCGAAGUGACUUGUGGGUGGCCCUUUCCAAGGAGGCUGCUCGAAAGAUUUGUGACUCGGGGCGCUUCAUCGACAUCUCCAUGACCGCGUGGGCCUUCGCGAAGGCCGGACAGGCGGAGCGGAUUUUGUUCGGACAGCUGGCCUCGGCCGCCCUGCAGUGUAACGACCUGCCCCCGCACACGAUUGCCAACCUUUGCUGGGCCUUUGCAAAGUCAAAGAACAGCAACAAAGACCUUUUUGAUAUGUUGGCCAAGCGCUCCAUCGAGGCGCACCGCUCCUUUGAUCGACAAAGCGUAUCAAAUUUGGUUUGGGCCUUUGCCACUUUGGAUGUUUGCCACGAAGAGCUCUUCGCCGUCUUCGCGAACUAUACCAUCGAUAGCGGGCUUUGGCGGCAGUUUUCCCCACAGAUGGCUUCCAACAUGUUGUGGGCCUAUGGGAAGGUCGGGAUUGCUCACAUGCGGCUGUUCGACACCUUUGCCGAAGCUUGGUUUGGCACGGCUGUUUUCGCAUCUGAACGCCUGGUAUGGAACCUCGCCAACUCUGCAUGGGCCUAUGCCACCACACAGCUUCCCAGCCAGCAGGUCUUCGAUGUGUUGACCAAGCGCGCCUGUGGUCGCUUGAGCACUUUCCGGCUUGAUGAGCUCUGUGGGAUCAUGUGGGCCUAUGUCCGUGCGAAGCCUGAGUCAGUGGCUUUCAGCCAUAUCUUCGAGGAGUCCGUGCAGCUGCUCCUGCCCAGAGUCCAGUCAUUAGACUCUCAAAGCGUCGCGAAUGUGAUUUGGAUCCUUGCCACCUGUCAGCAGCUACGACAGCAAGCUGUGCCACAGGCACGCGAGCUGGUCGAUAGCUUGAUGGUGGCCCUCCUGGAUCUCCGGAUCCGACUGGACUCGGAGGGCGCCGCGCAAGUGGUGUGGUCGCUCUGGCGCAUGGGUCGCUUUCAUGAUGCGUGGAUUCUCUUUGUUCGAACCCUGAGUGAUGGCCGUCACCCGGAGCACGGCAAAACCGGCUACACCAAGAAGCAUGCCGUAGAUGGACGGCAGCACUGGCGCUACUAUCAGACCCUCCUGAUGGAAACCGAGAAGCGCGGCGAUGUCCAGAAGCAGGGGACCGAGCUGGGCCAACGACAGGUGUUCCUUUGGAAGCAGAUGGCAGCGGACUUCUUCUCACGCAACUUGCGGACCGCCUGUUUGAACUGUGCCGUCAUGGCCUACUUGAAUGGAGGAGAUCAGGACGGUGCACGGGAGAUGCUCCGGCAAAUGGUGCGUACGAAGCUCUUCAACCAGGUGACGGGCUCCUUGGCAGCUCGCAUGGGCAUUCGCAAUCUCGAGGCGGUGCUCGUGCGGGGUGGGUUGCAGGAGCUCAAGAAAUGCCUUGAGAGCUCCUCCUCUUGCUAUGCAGUCGUGAACCCGCCGGACGACGCGGAGCAGUUCAGCGUCCAGGAGGGCACCCUGCUGGUGCCCCUGGAAGUCUACGAGCUCCUGGGAGGUGGUCAGGCCUCCAUCGAGAUGGUCGAGCUGGAGGAGGCCAAGAUGGUGAAGCUCGGCGGUGUCCGCGAUGAGGAGCCUGGGUGGCUGCGGUGGCAAGCCGGUUGA